GUUAACUGGAGCCUGUGGUUAAUUCAUUUUUGGUUUUUGGAUUAUUUUUUUGUUUGUUUGUUUGUUUGUUUUUUUCUUUUAAAGAAACGCACGUAAAGUAUUCAUGUUGCCCGGAUAGAAAACGAUUUUUGGGUCCACCGACUCCAGCCCGCAAAGAAAGGCUCACCAAGACAUCAUUAAACGCAGAUUGCACCAAAUCGAUUCAAGUUUUAUCUGUGUGGAGUAAAAUUACUCCCGCCCCCACCAGACUGGACUAAUGAUGGCUUUAAUGGUUCACCUGAAGACGGUCGCUCACCUGCGAGGGAAAGGUGACAAGAUCGCCAAAGUUACAUUCAGGGGUCUGUCCUUCUACAGCCGUGUAGCAGAGAACUGUGAGGAGGUGGCACACUUUAAUGAGACAUUUCGAUGGCCCAUUGCCAGCAAGCUGGAUGGAAACGAAAUGCUAGAGAUCCAAGUGUACAAUUACAGCAAGGUCUUCUCCAACAGACUCAUUGGGACUUUCUGUAUGGUGCUUCAGAAAGUGGCUGAAGAGGGACAUCUAGAGCUGACUGACACACUCAUUGAUGAUAACAACACAUCAAUAAAGACCAAUGUUACCAUAGAGAUCAGGUACCAGCCGAUGGAUGGCAUGGUUGGAGUGUGGAGUGACGGGGACUUCUUGGAUGUUCCUGACGACCGUGAUGGGACGUUUUCCUUUGAAACAGAUAGCUUGCUGUCAGGACAAAGCCACGGGUCAGGGACGUCCCCUGGGCGAUCUUUACAUGGAUCCAUACCAACCUUCAGAAAAGCAGGGAAGGGAGUUUUCUCAGCCAUGAAGCUCGGAAAGAUCAAGAGCUCUAGAGAUGACCACAAGAAAGAUGAGCCAGCAGUCCUGGACAUGGAGGACUUGGACAAGAAAGCAAUGCGUCUUGCUGGUAUGCUGGAACCAGACACCAUCUCUUUGGCCUCUGUCACGGCUGUCACCACAGACGUCUCCAAUAAAAGGUCAAAGCCAGAUAUCAAAAUGGAACCAAGCUCCGGACGACCAGUGGAUUAUCAGAUAAGCAUCACGGUGAUCGAGGCCAGACAGCUAAUAGGCCUCAACAUGGACCCUGUGGUGUGUGUGGAGAUUGGAGAUGACAAAAAGUACACAUCUAUGAAGGAGUCCACCAACUGUCCAUACUACAACGAGUAUUUUGUCUUUGAUUUCCACGUCCCUCCUCACGUCAUGUUUGACAAGAUCAUCAAGCUUUCAGUUAUUCAUUCCAAGAACCUUUUACGGAGUGGGACCUUGGUAGGAACCUUCAAAAUGGAUGUUGGGACUGUUUACUCUCAACCUGAACACCAGUUCUACCAUAAAUGGGCCAUCCUGUCUGAUCCUGAUGACAUCACAGCAGGAUGUAAAGGAUAUAUAAAGUGUGACAUCGCUGUGGUCGGAAAGGGUGACAACAUCAAGACUCCACACAAAGCCAAUGAGACUGAUGAAGAUGACGUAGAGGGAAAUCUCCUGCUGCCAGAGGGUAUCCCAGCAGAGAGGCAAUGGGCAAGGUUUUAUGUAAAGAUCUUCCGUGCAGAGGGACUUCCUAAAAUGAACACAAGCAUCAUGGCUAAUGUGAAAAAGGCCUUCAUAGGAGAGAACCGAGAUUUGGUGGACCCCUAUGUUCAAGUGCACUUUGCUGGGCAGAAGGGAAAGACUUCAGUCCAGAAAAGCAGUUAUGAACCAAUAUGGAACGAGCAGAUCAUCUUCACCGAGCUGUUCCCUCCUCUCUGCAAAAGGAUAAAGGUCCAAAUAAGGGACUCAGAUAAAGUCAAUGAUGUUGCCAUAGGAACCCAUUUCAUUGACCUACGCAAGAUAUCAAAUGAUGGUGAUAAAGGUUUCUUGCCUACCAUGGGUCCAGCCUGGGUCAAUAUGUAUGGUUCCACCCGUCAGUACACUUUAAUGGAUGAGCAUCAGGACCUGAACGACGGACUCGGAGAAGGGGUGUCCUUCAGAGCCCGUCUCCUGCUUUCUGUAGCUGUGGAGAUCCUGGACACCACUUCACCUGAGAUCAUCAGCUCCACUGAGGUUCAGGUGGAGUCUGUUUCCAACAUCUCAGAGAGUGCUACAGGAAAAAUAGAAGAGUUCUUCCUCUUUGGUUCCUUCCUCGAGGCCACCAUGAUCGACAGGAAGAUUGGCGACAAACCAAUCAGUUUUGAAAUCACGAUAGGUAACUAUGGCAACCAGAUAGAUGGCGUGAGCAAACCGUCAUCAAAGAAGAAAAAGAAAGACGGAGAAAAUGAAGAAGAGGAAAGUGAGCUGAUCCAGAACUCCAGUGAGGAUGAGGCAGAUGAGGAUGGAGACCUCGUAUCAGUGUCCUCAACUCCUCCCAUGAAGCCCGUCAUCACUGACAGGAACUACUUCCAUCUUCCCUACUUUGAAAAGAAGCCAUGCAUCUACAUCAAGAGCUGGUGGCAGGACCAGAGAAGACGACUUUACAAUUCCAACAUGAUGGAUAAAAUUGCAGACAAACUGGAAGAGGGUUUGAAUGAUGUUCAGGAGAUUAUUAAGACUGAGAAGGCAUUUCCAGAGCGUAGACUCAGGGGAGUGCUGGAGGAGCUCAGCGUCGGCUGCAGUCGGUUUGUGUGUCUGGCUAACAAGGAUGUGAACCAAGCAGGCAGAACCAAACUCGAUCGAGAGAGACUCAAGUCCUGCAUGAGAGAGAUGGACAGCAUGGGCCAACAGGCUAAGCAGAUUCGGACUCAGGUGAAGAAAAACACAGUCAGAGACAAACUCAAGCUGGUGCAGAACUUCCUGCAGAAGCUUCGCUUCCUUGCUGAUGAGCCUCAGCACAGCAUCCCGGAUGUUUUCAUUUGGAUGAUGAACAACAACAAGCGCAUUGCUUAUGCACGAAUACCUUCCAAAGACAUCCUGUACUCCAUAGUGGAUGAGGAAACCGGCAAAGACUGUGGAAAAGUCAAAGCUGUAUUCCUUAAGCUUCCUGGUAAGAAGGGUUUUGGUCCUGCAGGCUGGACAGUUCAGGCUAAGCUGGAGUUAUAUCUGUGGCUGGGCCUCAACAAGCAGAGGAAAGAUUUUCUCUGUGGACUGCCAAAUGGUUUUGAAGAGAUUAAAGCCACUAAAACUGGCCCUGGUCUUCACUCUAUGCCCCCCGUCGGCCUCGUCUAUGACAUGAAGCAGGUGUUCCAGCUGAGAGCACACAUGUACCAGGCUCGCAGUCUGUUUGCUGCUGAUAGCAGUGGCCUUUCAGACCCCUUCGCUCGGGUCUUCUUUUCCACACACAGCCAGGUUACUGAGGUUCUGAGUGAGACUCUUUGCCCUACUUGGGAUCAACUGCUGGUGUUUGAUGAUGUGGAGCUGUUUGGGGAGGCCAGUGAGCUGAGAGACGAUCCUCCAAUCAUUGUGGUUGAAAUCUAUGAUCAGGACACUGUGGGUAAGGCAGAGUUCAUAGGUCGGACCUUCGCAAAGCCCACCAUCAAGAUGUGUGAUGAGCAUUAUGGACCCCCGAGGUUCCCGCCACAGCUGGAGUACUUCCAGAUUUACAGGGGGAACUGCACUGCCGGGGAGCUUCUGGCCGCUUUUGAGCUGCUGCAGAUACCCUUUGAUGCAGAGGAGAUCAGGCGAGCUCUGAUCGCUGUCCAUAAUUUUGCUGUUCCUCAGAUAAAGAUUGGUCAAGGAGGCAGGGUUGACCUCCCCCCUCUUGAGGGGCCGACAGAUUCAGAGCGUGGACCCAUCCUCCCUGUGCCGCUGGGCAUCCGGCCAGUACUGAGUCGCUACCGCAUAGAGGUUUUGUUCUGGGGAUUAAGGGACCUGAAGAGAAUCAACUUAGCUCAGGUGGAUAGGCCCCGUGUGGACAUAGAGUGUGCAGGGAGAGGUGUUCAAUCUGCGCUCAUCCAGAACUACAAGAAGAAUCCCAAUUUCAGCACCCUAGUCAAAUGGUUUGAAGUGGACCUUCCAGAAAAUGAGCUUCUCCAUCCUCCUCUCAACAUUCGGGUGGUGGACUGCCGAGCUUUUGGCCGCUACAUCCUGGUGGGGUCACAUGCUGUGAGCAGCCUGAGACGUUUCAUCUACAGCGCUCCAGACAAGACCUCCAACAACUGGGCAACCGCAGCUAAGCUAAUGAAUGGCUACAUGGUCCUGACCAAUGGCGGACCCCAGCCCCGCUCCUCACCCAGCCUUUCCCCCCGCUCCUUCUCUCGCCCUGCAGGUGACAUCGUUGUCAACAUGGAUGGAGAUCCUCCAGUCCGAAAGAUGGACACAGUCGUCAAGUUAGACGCAAUGUCUGAUGCUGUUGUAAAAGUUGACAUGAUUGAGGAAGAAAGUGACAAAGACAAAAAGAAGAAAAAGAAAAAAAAGAAGGGAGGAAUGGAGGAAGAGGAUGAGCCAGAUGAGAGUGUUCUGGACUGGUGGUCUAAAUAUUUUGCUUCCAUAGAGACACUAAAGGAGAUCCUCAGAGCCCAGGAGGCUGCUCAGGCAGAGGCCGAGGAGAGAGAGGACAUUGAGAUAGCAGCUGAAACGGCAGAUGUCAAACCCGAUGAACUUCUUCUGAAAGGCUCCAAGACGAAGGAAAGGGGCAAAGAGAAGAAGAACUCUAAGGACAAGAGGAAGGGUCAGGCUGCAGAUGGCUCCGAGAGGCGACCAGUGAAAGCAAAAGUGGAUGAGCUAGUGGUGUACAACAAGGAGCUUGAGAGUGAAUAUGGCAACUUUGAAGACUGGCUUCACACGUUCAACCUGUACAGAGGAAAGGCUGGGGAUGAUGACGAGCACGCUCUGGAUGAUGACAGGAUUGUUGGUAGAUUCAAGGGAUCCUUGUGUAUAUACAAGUUACCUGUAUCUGAAGAGAUCACAAGAGAAGCAGGAUUUGAUCCUAACAUGGGAAUGUUCCAGAGCAUCCCACACAACGAUCCUGUCAACGUCCUCGUUCGUGUCUAUGUGGUCAGGGCCACAGACCUCCAUCCUGCUGAUAUAAAUGGGAAAGCUGACCCAUACGUUGUCAUUAAGCUGGGCAAGUCAGAGGUCAAGGACAAAGAGAACUAUAUCUCCAAACAGCUCAAUCCAGUAUUUGGAAAAUCAUUUGACAUCGAGGCCACCUUUCCCAUGGAGUCUAUGCUGACGGUGUCUGUGUAUGACUGGGAUCUGGUCGGCACAGAUGACCUGAUUGGUGAGACAAAGAUUGACUUGGAAAACCGUUUCUACAGUAAAUUCAGAGCCACCUGUGGCAUUUCCUCCAGCUAUUCUGUCCAUGGAUAUAAUUCUUGGCGGGACCCUAUGAAGCCCAGCCAGAUCCUGGCUAAACUCUGUAAGGAUGGCAAGAUCGAUGGACCUCAUUAUGGGCCAGGAGGCAAAGUCAAGGUGGCUAAUCGAAUCUUUACAGCACCGACAGAGAUCGAGGAUGAAAAUGGUCUAAAGAAGCAGACUGAGGAGCAUUUGGCCCUCACAGUGCUGAAUCACUGGGAGGAGAUCCCAAGAGUUGGCUGCAAGCUCGUCCCUGAGCAUGUGGAGACCCGACCCUUGCUGAACGCUGACAAACCCGGUAUUGAACAGGGCCGCAUUGAGAUGUGGGUGGACAUGUUCCCUAUGGAUAUGCCUGCUCCUGGACCUGCAAUUGACAUUUCUCCAAGAAAACCAAAGAGAUAUGAGCUCAGGGUGAUUAUUUGGAAUACAGACGAAGUAAUACUGGAGGACGAUGAUUACUUCACUGGGGAAAAGUCCAGUGACAUAUUUGUCAGGGGAUGGCUGAAAGGGCAGCAGGAGGACAAACAGGACACAGAUGUGCACUAUCACUCACUGACCGGUGAGGGGAACUUCAACUGGCGCUUCGUCUUCCCUUUUGAUUACCUCAUGGCUGAGGAGAAGAUUGUCAUCUCUAAGAAAGAGUCCAUGUUUUCCUGGGAUGAGACCGAAUACAAGAUCCCUCCUCGUCUCACGCUGCAGGUUUGGGAUGCAGACCACUUCUCUGCUGAUGAUUUCCUGGGUGCAAUCGAGCUGGACCUAAACCGUUUUCCUCGAGGCGCAAAGACAGCCAAGCAGUGCACUCUUGACAUGAUUCGAAAUGAGCAGGAUCUGCCAACCAUUUCGAUCUUUAAACAAAAGAGGGUUAAAGGAUGGUGGCCAUUCAUAGCCCGUAAUGAGAAUGAUGAAAUGGAGCUCACGGGGAAAGUUGAAGCUGAGCUUCACCUAGUGACAGCAGAGGAAGCAGAGAAAAGCCCUGUAGGACUGGGACGAAAUGAGCCAGAUCCACUGGAAAAACCAAAUCGCCCAGACACCACCUUCCUGUGGUUCCUGAGCCCGCUGAAAGCAAUCCGCUACCUGGUGUGCAACCGCUACAAGUGGCUGAUCAUCAAGAUAGUGCUGGGCCUGCUGCUGCUCAUCAUGUCGCCCCAAUGCCAGCAUGUCGUGGCUGCUGGCUCCGGUGAGGACGAUGUGUAUCCUGGCCUGGAGGCACUACAAGCUGCACUGUGUGAUGCUGCUGGUUGUUGUACUGGGUCUGCUCUUUCUGGUUCUGCUCUUCUUCUCUCUGCCCUCAGCACUCAGCCACAAGCUGUUUAACA